GACGAGACCACCGCGAAACUACUGAAAUGACGAAAUAAACUAGGGGAAGUACUGUUGUCGACGUAUUUUUCGUGGAAAUCUCUGUCACAGCGGUAGAGAGUGAACUUCCUGUCUACCAGAUACAUAUAUAGAACUGCUUCGAACUGCUGAACCUAAACUUGCCUAAGCACAGGCACCAAUACUUGUGUUCGUGAUGGCUGAAGGUAUGCCUUAUUUCAAACCUCAAAAGACUCCAGUUGAAAGCUCUGAAGAAAGCUUGAAGGAUAUCGAGUCUCAAGCAUGCCUACUUUUCGAGGAGUUUCUUAGACUUCCACAGACAGCAAAUUACAGACUGGGAUCUAACCGUGCAAUGACUGAGGUUUCAGACUCUCCUGUCAUCUCCGAUGAAAAAAUGUUUAAACGAGGUGCUAUUGAGAGUGAUGAAGCAGAACAAGAUGAUGUAGUACCUGACUGUGAAGUUCGUGCAAAAAGUUUCCAUAUGGUACCAUCACCUCCAGCCCCAGGAGCAGUGCGGCAACCCCAAGAUCCACAAAUGGCAAAACUCGCUCAGCAGAUGCAAAAAGCGGGAGAUGCUCUUUAUGAGCGAUAUGGAGACCGAGUAGAUGGGGUUCAGUCACACCUGGUUCAAUACGUUCUUGAUAAUGCUGCUACCCUGACGUAUGAGAGGUUAAGUAGAGAAGUUGAUAACAUGGUUGGGCAGGACAGAAACUGGUCAAACUUUGUAAUGGCAAUGAAUGUUGGUAAAAGAGUGUGCUUGGAGACAUCAAAAGUUUGUAGUGCGGUGACAAGCUACUUUCAGCGUUACGUUAGUCACUCAUACAGCCAAGCCAUGCAACAGGCUGGAGGAGUUGCUCCAUUUGUGAAAUCAAAAGGUCACUAGGAAAUGCCAAGCAGCAGUCAAGGUUGUACAGUGUGUGUAAGGUCAAAGAAAAGCUACUCAAAGUGCUCAGCCUAGCUGGAUUUUACAUGUUUGAAAUGGAAUUCCACAAACAAGAUCAAGUGAAUUUGCCAUCUGUCACUUCUGUGUUAUUGACUAUAAAUGAUAAUUAUUCAAAUGCUCAAAGUUGGUUUUAUCAAUAUUAAUGUUACAAGUAUCAUAAAAAGAGAAUUAAUUUUAAGUUAAUCUCCAUGAGAUCAACAAUUUUUUUUCCUUUAAAGUCAGAACCAGGCAAGUCUUAAAGAAGCAACUGAAACCUUGGUUUUUGACAAGCUGUUGCAGCCAUAGCAGUGUGUUUGCUAUUUCUGUCCAGUAAUACAGCACUUGUUUUAGUGAAUUUGCUAAUUUGAUUGUUCAAGUGUAUUUCCCUUGUUCCAGUAGCACCGUGACUUUUGACAUAGGGAACUUGGAAUUGAAUUCUAAACAUAGGUGCAAAUGUUGUGUGUUUUCUUAUCCUUAAAUUAUUGUCAUAUUGUUACUUUGUGUACCUUGUCUUUACAAAUAAACAUCUUUUAUAAAAUUGAGAGAA